ACUUUGUCUUCUCGCGUUGGUUCUCUGACACGCCGUGCUGGAUGAUGAUGAUCGGUCAGGUUAGGCUCGCCGAGGAAUUGAUGGAGCGGUGUGGGGCCACAGGCGCGGAGCCUUGGGAUAGGAGGGAGCAGCUGGAGCACGUUGCUGGGUUCCCCUACCGCUCCAUAGUCGAUCCACGUCGUGUGGAUCUGUUCCCGGGUCGGAUCACCGGGUUCUGG